AUGACCCAAUUGAAGUCAUCAACCCUUGAAGCAAGUUAUCCUACUGCGGUCACAGAGAUUGCCAAAGCUUGCCACAUUCUUGAUGCACAAGUUGAGGAUGCCUAUCCUUGCACACCUCAGCAGAUCCAGCAGAUCUCCGAAGACCGUUGCGAAGUCUUCCAUCUCAUUCUUUCGUUUGGUCCGAAUGGCGAUCUAGAAAGAUGGAUCCGAUCUGUUCAGAAAGUGGUUUCCAUGAACUCCAUACUUCGGACCCGUAUCGUCUGUCACCAGUCCAAAUUUCUGCAGAUCGUCACGACUGAAGAACAUACUACCGAGUAUCUGACUGGUGACGUCGAGCAACUCCUGAACGACGAAAAGGCCUUUGAGAUGAAUCUUGGUACGCCACUUUUCCGGACAGCAGUAAUUGGAAGGCGCUUCGUAGCCACAAUUCAUCAUGCCGUCAUGGAUUACUGGUCAUUGAAUUCCUUCCUGAGAGGUGAUGCGGCAAUGCUAUAUCUCGGUCAGGAGCCAAUUCAUCGUGCUGCCUUCAGAGACUUUGUAAGUCUCUGCGCAGGUAUCGAUCGGGCCAAAGCAGAUUCCUUCUGGGCUGCUCGUUUUAGAGGAUCGGUAUCGAUAUACCCUCCAAUGCCAGCGAGUGCGAUUGCUCGUCCAAGUGAGAAGUUGGAAAAGACUAUCACGCUGAACCUCAUGUCCAGGGGCAUAGCGGAGAGUCACAUCGCUUGGUACGCAGAAGCAGCAUGGGCUCUGACGAUAGCAACUUAUGCCGACAACGAGUCUAUUGCGUAUGGAAUUGUCAUGUCUGGUCGUUCGUCAAUGCUUGGUGACGCUGGGAAUACACUGGGUCCAACAACGGUCGAACUGCCAGUACUAAUCACCGUCCAGCCCAGCAUGACUGUCGAUGCUCUCGUCAAGGGUCGUGCGACGGCACUGCGAGAGCUGAAAUCAAAUCCGCUGUUCUUACAGUACAGUCUGGAAAAUAUAGCCGCCACAAACAACACAGCACGAAUCGCCUCAAAGUUCCAAAGCCUCUUCAACAUUGUUCCGCCCCAACCGAUCUCUCUACCUACCACAGAGGAGGAAUCGAAGUCGGUUUUCCUCGAGCGUGUCAUCAAGCGAUCCCACGGUGGCUUCGCUUUGACUUUCCUCUGCCGUCUCGUAGACGAGAGUAUCAUACUUGAAGCUUUGUAUGAUCCAGCCGUACUCGAUCGUGAUCACGUCGAUCGCAUUCUCAAUCAGUUCGAGCACGAUCUCAGAACUUUGAUUGAAGUUCCUGCAGAUACCAGGCUUGGUGAUUUGCAACGUCUGAGUCCUCAAGAUCGUGAUGAUCUCAUACGAUGGCAUACUUUAUCGCACGAGACCGACAAUUCCCGCUUUCAUGCCUUGAGGGGUUUUGACGUCUGCCCUAGUAAUCAGACAUGGAUCGUGGAUCCCAAAAACAUCGAUCAGCUCGUGCCGGUAGGAAGUAUUGGAGAACUUCUGGUUGAGAUGACACCACCGACAAGGGACCUCUCCACUCAAGCCUCUCAUCUCAGUCCGAGGUGGCUCGAGAACUUCCGACCAUCAGGAACAACCCUGAGAAGGACAGGUGAGCUGGGAAAGUACAGCCAAGAUGGUUCUCUCGUCUAUAUCGGUAAGAGGGAGAACCGGAUCAAGUUGGGUAGUCGAAUCGUCCAGCUUGAGGCUAUCGAGGAGACAAUACGUAGCUGCAACCAAGUGAAGGACAUCGUGGUGGUCUCAAAGAUCAUCUCAGGACGCACGAGAUUAGUUGCUGUGGUCACUCUGAAGGGUAUCGAGGCCGCGGCGAAAGACCCAUGGCAAUUGCAGCCUCUGCCAGCCGCGCUCAUUUCUACUACAAAUGACUGUCUUCACGUAGUGCGACAAAACGCCGAGAUGUCUCUAGAGCUCAACGAUGUGCCCGUAGUGUGGCACGUAGUUAGCUCGCUACCUCGAAUCAAGGGCAGAGAUAUAGAUAGAGAAGCAGUCCGGUUAUGGCUUAAAGAUGUAAAAUGA